AUGACGGUACCACAUACCAGCAAGCUGGGCGAUGAGCUGUUGCCCUAUGGUGACGGGUCCAAUAAGGUGUUCGGGAUGGAAAACUUUGGCAAUACUUGCUACUGCAACUCUAUUCUUCAAUGUCUUUUUUACACGGAAACAUUCCGUACCAAAUUGGUGUCUCAUAAUGCAACUACCCAUGACCGAAAACUAGUUCAAAAUGGAGUCAAGCCUCACAACUUCACCACCAAAUACGAGCAGUUGGUAGCGAAGCGACUCAAGGAGCAAGGAUCCAGCAAAAACGUGUCCACUACGGCUGGUGGCGUCUCUGUCAAUGGCUCAACCAUUGAGACCAAUAAUGGGGCAACGGGAGAGGAAAGGCCCAAGAGCUCACGUAAGGGCUCCCUCUUUGGGAUCAAGUUCAACUCAAACUCAUCUACGACUCCUGUUUCUCAUAGUCCCUCGUUGGAAGACAGCAGGAAGAUGUCGGCACACAUAGUCAAAGCUGGCAACUGUGAUGCCUUGUCGUUGGACCAAAAAAACAAAAUCAGCAAAGACAAGGAGUUCCAGCAGCUCAACAUCCUCAUCACCAGACCUACGACACAAACUUCCAAUCCCUCAGAUAGAAAUGAUUACUCACAAAGCUCAUCAAUGCUACUCAACAACGAACAGCCCCAGCAGGCCAAUCCCGAAGGCAGCAUAUCAUCUACUUCCAGUGCAGUGAUUGUUGGUAUCCCCCAGCCAGAAACUUUUCUCGUUAACCCCAUCAAUCCAUUCAACGUUAAUCCAUCUUCCGAUCAGAGAAAAAGAUCCGCUCUUAUUAACGGUCCUAUUAUAAAUUUGGAUAGCUCGAUUAGACUCCCAAGUGAACAAAACGACGAUUCUGCGUUAUUGUAUUCCUUGAAGGAUAUGUUCGAGAGCAUGGUGGAAAAUCAAUCUAACACUGGUGUGGUUUCCCCGAUCUACUUCAUACAAAAGUUGAAGGAAAAGAACUUUUUGUUUCGACAAAAUAACAUGCAUCAUGAUGCUCACGAAUUUUUCAAUUAUUUAAUCAAUGAAAUCAUAGAAAGUUUGAAUAAAGAAGUUAGUGUUGAGAACAAUUGGUGCAAUGAAAUCUUCCAGGGUAUGAUCACAAAUGAAACCAAAUGUUUAUCAUGCGAAAAUGUAACUUCAAAACAUGAAAACUUUUUGGAUCUUUCAGUUGACAUUCCUCCGGGCGAAAGUGCUUAUUCGUUAAGUUACUCGCUUAACAACUUUUCGAAACUGGAGGUGUUAACCAACCAAAAUAAAUUUAGUUGCAGUACUUGUUCAUCCUUACAAGAAGCUGUCAAAACAAUUAAGUUGAAGAAAUUACCUGAAGUUUUAGUUAUAAAUUUCAAACGAUUUAAGUACGACGAAAAGGUUGACAAGAUGGUCAAGCUCUUUGAUUCUAUAAGUUAUCCUUUCAACCUCCGAUUGUUCAACACUACUGACGAUGAAAAAGAAUUUACACUCUAUGAAUUGUAUUCUUUGGUUAUACAUAUUGGCGGCGGGCCAAUGCAUGGACACUACGUUUCUAUUUGCAAAGUGAAAUCAGGCCUUUGGUUAUUAUUUGAUGACGAGACUGUUGAAUUGGUAGAGGACUCAUAUGUCAUGAGAUUUUUUGGGAAUGGACCUGGUUUGGCUAGUGCUUACAUCUUAUUUUAUACCAAAUGUACUACUAGCACAAAGAGUUCCGAAGAUGAUGAACACACGAUCAACUUUGGUUACAAGGUGGAUAAUGUGUACAACGGAGGAGAUUAUACUCUUUUCCAACAAUUUGGCAAUGAUUCUAGUGAAUCUUCGUUCAAAAAGUCGCAUAAAGAUAUUGAAGAAGAACAGGAAGUUGACUCAGAUGCUUCAUCUAUUGCAUCAUUCACAGGACCUGCUGCUACUGGUAGCAAAGAAUUUGGUAGUGAAUUAACACUUAAAAAGAGUGGCUUGUUCAAGAAGAACUUUAAAUUCGAGGGCAGCAAGGAAGAAAAACCAAUAUCAAGAUCAGGUAGUAUCGUGGAAAAGAAAACUUGGGUUGGUGGAUUAAAAAGAAGAGAGAGCAAAGCGGAAGUUCCUAUGGAAAGGAAGGGCAGCACCAGUAGCAGUGUUGGCUCUAACGAAAAACGGAAGAGUAUCUUUGGAUUUAAGAGGAAGUAA